AUGUCGGUAAAAUUCGACGAUGAAAGACUCAUCGAUUUGGUGCGCGACAACUGUGUGUUGUAUGAUGCGUCAUCGCCUAAGUGUAUGGAUAGGCAAUUAAAAAGUAAGAUUUGGGAGAAAAUAGGCAAGGAACUGCAGUUGGAGCCAUCUACCUGUAAGGGAAGGUGGCACAAUAUCCGUGAUGCCUACCGGAGAUGCUUAAAAUGGCAGAAAACUAGAAGUGGGCAAGGUGGCUCAAACGUCAAUUUUUACAAAUUCCAAAAAGAAUUAUCAUUUUUGGAGCCACACUUGGCAGUUAAGAGUGGCGUAUGUUCCAUUCCAGAACUACCGCGUAUGCAGAGUGAAGAACGGAUCUUGGUGAGCCCUACCCCGGAAGUGGAGUUCGAAAAUUCUGAAACAAAUUGCCUGGAGAGAAUUGUAGAUGAUAAAGAAUGUCGAUCGGGCACGUCGACCACAUCUCGAAAGAGACGAAGUACGGGAGAAAAUGAAAGUACGGCGAGUAAAGUAAUGGCGUACAUUCAAGAGCAACAAUCUGAUCCUAUCAAGCAAUACUUAAUGUCACUAUAUCCUUUAUUGUCGGAAAUGGACAAACACACGAGGCUGGGGAUGCAGGCCAGCGUAUAUAAGAAACUUGCACGCGCCCUUCAGAAGUCGCUGCCUGAAGAAAAAUAA